AAGGGCAGCCCUUCUCCCCAACCACAAACCUCCAACCAUAUCCAUCACUACCAAACAAACUUUUUUGAGUGGAAAUAUGGAUCCUGAUGCCUUCUCAGCGAGCUUGUUCAAGUGGGACCCUCGGGCCGGGCUGGCGCCCCCGAACCGGCUGCUGGAGGCGGUGGUGCCGCCUCCUCCCCCGGCCCCCGCGGCCUACUCGAUGAGGCCGCGCGAGCUGGGGGGCUUGGAGGAGCUCUUCCAAGCAUACGGCAUAAGGUAUUUCACCGCCGCCAAGAUCGCUGAGCUGGGAUUCACGGUGAACACGCUCUUGGACAUGAGAGAUGAGGAGCUUGAUGAGAUGAUGAACAGCCUCUGCCAGAUUUUCCGCUGGGACCUCCUCGUUGGGGAGCGAUACGGCAUCAAGGCCGCCGUCAGAGCCGAGCGCCGCCGCCUCGACGAGGAGGACGCCCGCCGCCGCCACCUCCUCUCCGGCGACGCCUCGCAUGCUCUCGACGCGCUUUCGCAGGAAGGCUUGUCGGAGGAGCCGGUGCAGCAGGAGAAGGAGGCGGCGGGGAGCGGCGGCGGCGGGGUCUGGGAGAUGGUGGUGGCCAACGGGAGGAAGCAGAGGCGGAGGAAGAGCAGCUGCAAGGGCAGGUCCAGGAUGGCGUCCAUGGAGGAGGAGGAGGAGGACGACGACGAGACCGAGGGAGCGGAGGACGACGAGAACUGCGGCGGCGGAGGGAAUGAGCGGCAGAGGGAGCAUCCCUUCAUCGUGACGGAGCCCGGGGAGGUGGCGCGUGGGAAGAAGAACGGCCUCGAUUACUUAUUCCAUCUCUAUGAGCAAUGCCGCGAGUUCUUGAUCCAAGUUCAGAACAUAGCUAAGGAGAGAGGAGAAAAAUGCCCCACCAAGGUGACGAACCAAGUGUUCCGGUACGCGAAGAAGGCGGGAGCCAACUACAUCAACAAGCCGAAGAUGCGGCACUACGUGCACUGCUACGCGCUGCACUGCUUGGACGAGGAGACGUCGAAUGCGCUGCGGCGCGCUUUCAAGGAGCGCGGGGAGAAUGUGGGCGCCUGGAGGCAGGCGUGUUACAAGCCCUUGGUUGCCGUCGCCGCCAGGCAGGGAUGGGACAUCGACGCCAUCUUCAACGCCCAUCCCCGCCUCUCCAUUUGGUACGUCCCCACCAAGCUCCGCCAGCUCUGCCACGCCGAGAGGAGCACCACCGCCGCCUCCAGCUCAAUCACCGCCGCCGGAGUCGAUCAUCUGCCCUUCUAGUUACCUACUACUACUACUGCUCUUCAUUAUUACUAAUAUCUUUUCGUUUUCUGUCGGAGAUUCGAUUUACAAAUUGCUCAUAAUUAGCUCCUUCCCAUCUCAGAUUUCCAUUCCAAUGAAUUAAAUUUAAUCGGUG